AGUGUAUUGCAUUGAAUGAAUUUUGAAGGAAUUAUGGCAUGCCCUUUCAAGCUGUCCAAAGACAACAUUGAACUACAGUUUGCCACCAAUCACAUAGGGCAUUUUCUUUUGACAAAUCUUUUGUUGGAUACUAUGAAGAAAACAACACGUGAAAGUAAAAAAGAAGGAAGAAUUGUUAAUGUUGCCUCAGAGGCUCACAGGUUUGCAUAUCCCGAAGGAAUCCGUUUUGACAAAAUCAAUGACCAAUCAAGUUAUAACAACUGGCGUGCAUAUGGGCAAUCCAAGCUUGCUAACGUUUUACAUGCCAACCAACUUACAAAACAUCUCAAGGAAGAUGGUGUGAAUAUUACUGCAAAUUCUCUUCAUCCAGGAACAAUUGUCACCAACCUUUUCCGUCAUAACAGUGCAGUGAACGUCAGUGGAGAUCCUUGGUCAAUUAUUGGAAAUGAAACGAAUAUUAAUGUUGAAACGGAUCGUACGUCUAUCUUUGAACGUAACAAGAUUGCACUCCGAUUAGAGGUGUUAUGCGACAAUACCUGCCCCGCUGAUGGUGUUGGCGUUUAUAACCCUGGCUUCUGGGGCAUGAAUAUUGAGCAAGGGAAGAAAUAUAAAGUUGUUUUCUAUGCUCGUUCAACUGGGCCACUUAAUCUAGCAGUUUCGUUCACUGGACCUAACGGCGUGGGAAACCUCGCUUCAACCGUGAUCACGGGUUCUGCAUCUGAUUUUUCAAACUGGACCAAGGUUAAGGCUGUAUUGGAGGCCAAGGCAACGAGUCGAAACUCGAGACUUCAAUUAACGACAACUGCAAAGGGUGUAAUAUGGUUGGACCAAGUGUCUGCUAUGCCAGUGGACACAUAUAAGGGACAUGGUUUCCGAAGUGAUCUUUUUCAAAUGCUGCUAGAUAUGAAACCAAGUUUUAUCAGAUUUCCAGGUGGUUGUUUUGUCGAAGGCGAGGCUUUAAGAAAUGCAUUUCGAUGGAAAGCUUCAGUUGGACCUUGGGAGGAGAGACCAGGGCACUUCGGUGAUGUAUGGAAGUACUGGACUGAUGAUGGAAUUCAACAUGUUUCUGAUGCUAUAAGAAGGAAGCUUGAUGACAAGAGUGAACCUAUGAUUCUGGUAGGAUAUCAUAAAGCUGGAGCUUACAAACUGUUCAAUCCAAUUAAUAAGAAGAUUAUGAUGAGUCGAGAUAUUGUUAUUGAUGAAAAUUAUUCCUGGGAAUGGAAUUCUAGUAAUGCAAUUGACAAGCCAUUGAUGAGCUAUGAUUUUGUCAAAGCAAAUAAUGAUGUUGAAGUUAAAGAUGUAGUCGAUAUUCCAAUCAAAGUCGAAGCAGUUGCUGACAUGCCCGACACAGUCUAA